ACAGACAGACAGACAAAGAAGGAAACGAGGGAGGGAGGGAGAGAGAACGUGAGGGAGAGAGGGAAGGUAUGAAUUCGUAUUUCUCAAAUCCGUCGCUCUCUUGCCAUUUACCGGGUGGCCAAGAAGUUUUACCCAACGUGGCGUUAAAUUCGACAAGCUAUGACCCCGUUAGACAUUUUUCGUCCUACGGGGCAACAGUGGCCCAAAACCGGAUCUAUUCCUCACCUUUCUAUUCGCCCCAAGAUAACGUUGUUUUUGGAUCCAGCCGGGGACCCUACGAGUACGGAUCUAACGUGUUCUACCAGGACAAAGAUGUUCUGCCCAGCUGCAGGCAGACUAGCAUGGGUCAGGCAGCGCAGAGUUCGCUUGCACAGGAUUACACCUCUGAUCAGGGGAGGACUGGAUCGCAGGAACAGAAAGGAAGUAUUCAGAUCUAUCCGUGGAUGCAGCGAAUGAACUCUCACAGUGGAGUCGGAUAUGGGUCAGAUAGACGGAGGGGUCGACAGAUUUACUCCCGGUACCAAACGCUAGAACUCGAGAAGGAAUUCCACUUCAAUCGUUAUUUGACCAGACGAAGACGUAUCGAAAUCGCCAACGCUUUGUGUCUUACAGAACGCCAGAUCAAAAUCUGGUUCCAGAAUCGCCGCAUGAAGUGGAAAAAAGAGAGCAAUCUAACUUCGACUCUGACGGAAAGUGGGUCCGCCGCAACAGUUCAGGAAGGAAAGGAAGAAGAAGCACAGGACAAGAAGAAAGAGAGAACGUCGACUUAGUCCCUAAAUACUCACAUGGUGUAUUUUAGUAAGAUAAAACCAGUCAAACUACCCACCUUCUUUUUUCUGGCACAAUUCAUCACAUAAGUAUGUAGACAUGCUCGCACCACGAGGUGCGGCCACGACACAGCACACACACUAAAGCGCACACACACGUACCCUCAAUGAGCAUCAGCGACACGAAUCCAGAAUGCAAAACGGUGUGUUACUCCGAGAUCCACCCAGACUCGAGAAAACAAGUGUUUUGAAGCUUUUUGUGGUUCCUUGUCAAAACUGAACGGUCCACAGUGUGACUGCAAUUCCAGUGCUGACUUUACAUUCCUCGCUGUACCACAUCAUCGACUGUGUCGCGCUGAAAUAUGGUUCUGGUUGUUCUUACUGUACUUCAGUCGCACUGUACUGAAUUUCCCCCCCGAAAUGUCUGUGAAGCUAUGUCAGCGAAAAUGUUUCUCUUCGUGCCUGUGUGCAAGACAGGUCAUGCACACAUAGGUUAUUCAAGAAAACUGUGCGAAGGUAACAAGCCAAGGCGUUGCAUUGACUCAGUAAAUUUUGUGUUGUAUGUUCUACAGUUUUGCUGUACUAAAGCAUAUGAGCAAAAGGUGUCACAGGGCGAACAAUACUACCUGAAACAUUAAUAUGCCUUUGUAUAUAUUGUCUAUGCUGUAUUCCUGUGAAAGCUUUCGUGUGCGCUCUACGCUCUUCAACGUAGUCCAUGCAUUGUUUAUAUUUAGUAGUAGUGUUAAAAAAGAAAUGACUAUAUAAUGAACGCUUAAUGUGAUUCCAAAUUAGCGACGGCAGAAAAAGGAAACUGCGUUCCCUGUGUGUUGUAUGAACUUCUCGUCCAAUCGCAUUGUGUGUAUUUAAUAAAACAUUUAUCACAGCACCUGAUUUGUAUGUUAUGAAGACAAGAACUCUUUUACCGAAGAGUAUUACUUGUAGAACAGUUGGAUAAAUUCCGAGUUUAUCAAGAUCUACAGGCAGGCUCAUUUAAUCUGUAGAGAAUACCAGUGUAACACCACUGCAAUAAAAAAAACUACGGAAUUUUAUGGUCUGUAUAUAUGUACAUGCGCACACACAAAGCAUCACACAGCAGCUUAUCUCUUUUUCUGCUUUCCUGACCUGCUUUCUUUGAAGUUACGACUGUGAAUAGAGACUCAGUUUUAUUACUCUUUAACUGGAAAGGAUUUCCCACAGGAUGUACUAAAUUGCAGAACAAAGCGGCCUCGCCAAACAAUCUUAACACGUCAAAAGAACAAUUUACAGCGACAGAUCGUGUUUUUAUUAUUUGAACACGGCUUUUUAAAAAAAAAAAAAAAAUCAGCAUCCCGCCGCUUGCAUCUUGUUGGCAAUGACUGUAAACUAUGAAUUAAUAAACUCCAGUGACUAGUAGAACAGUUGUACUGAGUUUGCUUAAAGUAGUCUAGACUGCCUAAGUGUAUGACAAACUAAAUGUGCUAGAUUCACUAAUGUGACACACAUUCUUAAUAUUGUUAGCGCCGAUUACAGUUUGCCUUUCAAGCAAAUAGGCAAAGUCUACUAGGUAGUCCGUGAACAAUGUAGGCCCGUAAACUCUAUCAGCUUUUUGUGUAUAUUUAUGAAGCGGUUAA